GUGUGAAGAAUAUCUUUAGGCUGAUCUGAGGCAGGAAGCCGGCAGACUCCUACAACAAUCUCUGUCUACAAAUACAUGGGCCACUUACCAAACAGGCAUCAAUGCCUUGCACCAGCUCCGGUCCACACACCAGCUACAAGAGUUUGGAUGGUGGGAUCCAGCUACAUGGCCAGGGCACGGCAGUACUUGCUCCUGAAGGGCACCAGUCCGAACCAACCGAGGAUGCUAUGGCUGGCACGAGGGGGGAUGAGGUGGAAGGAGCUGGACACCAUUCUGGAUGCACAGGUCAAGGCGACACAGCGCAGCCCCAGAGCCCUCAUCAUUCACCUGGGUUCCAACGACCUGUGCUCGGUCAAGGGCAGCCAACUCUACCUUGACAUGGUGGCAUCAAUCCUUCGGAUACAACUCCAGCUUCCUGACACCAAGAUCAUCGGGGAAAGACUUUCGUUUUCUUCUGGUUUUUGUUGUUGUUAAUGACUGCUAACAAG